AUGAAGACCAUUGCAUUGAUCUGCGUGUUCGCAGCCGUGACUUUGGGCUCCUUCUUGCCAACGACCACAGCCGCCCCGACAACCACACCGCCACCCACACCUCCACCGAACCACGGGCGAGGCAGUUCGAUCAUCCUUCAAAACACGAACAAAGUUGUCGACGAGCCCGUGGUCCCACCAGUUGCCCUUCCGGAAGCUGCACUGCUUCCUCUGGCGCCUCCUCCCGUGGCUCCUCUGGCGCCUCCUCCCGUGGCUCCUCUGGCGCCCCCUCCCGUGGCUCCUGUGUUGCCUCCCCCCGUCGCUCCCGUCGCACCGGCGCCUGCGCCCAUCGUUCCUGCCGCUCCAGCGCCCAUCGUUCCUGCCGCUCCAGCGCCCAUUGCUCCUCUCGUUGUGGUCCUGCCGCCAGUGGCCCCCGUGGUAGUGAAACAGCCCGUCAUAGAAGAUGUUCAGAUCGCAGGAGUAUUUACUAAUUCACAAUGA